CAGGUUUUCUUUUUUUCCCUUAAAAUAAAAUAUUCUGUUCCUAUUUUUCUAUUGCAUUUCUAAAGCUUGUCAUCUCUUUCAAAGCCAUAAAGAAUUGAUAUUUUUUCCGGCAAGAUCCGAUCUUACCGGAUUUGAAAGGAGAGGAAAUGAUCGGUAAGAAUUUUUAAGAAAUGAAGAGCACGUCUAUCUUGUUCAUUUUCCCAUCCAAAACAUUCUUCCACAAGCGCAAAAAGUCGAUUCACAUAUCAUUAUGAAUCAGUAGAUUGAAUAUUUUUUUGUUUUUUCUCUCCUUAUUGCAAUAAUCUGUGUACGAGGUUGCGGAAGAUCGGAUUUUUGUCGAAAUUUCUUCUUUUUGUUUAUGUAUAGCCUAUGAUUUAUUGGAUGUAUGUAUAGUUUUGUUGUGUGUUUGGAUGAAAUUGAUAUGAAUUCGAUCAAUGGGAGAAAAUUAGGGUUUGUAAUUUUCUUUUAAUUUUUCUGUUUCCACACAAUUGAAUAAGAUUAGGGCUUUGAGUUUUUAGAAUAUAGAAAGAAUUAGUGAGGGAAAACUGGGGAAAAUGAGUCUGAGUGCUGCUGAGGAAGAAUCAGCAGGGGAAGAAAUCCACAUUCCAGCAGAUAUAGAAUGGCAAAUGUUGGAUAAAUCCAAGUUCUUCUUCCUUGGGGCAGCCUUAUUCUCCGGUGUCUCGGCUGCAUUGUAUCCGAUGGUGGUGCUAAAAACGCGGCAGCAGGUCUCUCAAUCGCGUGUUUCUUGUGUUAGGACUGGGGUUUGGAUCAUGAGGUAUGAAGGGCUUCGCGGAUUAUAUAGGGGAUUUGGGACCUCCCUGACCGGGACCAUUCCUGCCCGAGCCCUAUACAUGACUGCGCUUGAGGUUACUAAGAGCAAUGUAGGAACCACAGCGACUAGGCUUGGGUUGCCUGAGCCUAGUGCAGCGGCUGUGGCCAAUGCAGCGGCUGGAUUGAGCGCUGCCAUGGCUGCACAGGUGGUGUGGACGCCCGUUGAUGUGAUCAGCCAGAGGCUGAUGACACAGGGCAGCCGUGGUGGUGGUGGUGGAGGGGUGUCUAGUUCUCAUAAUGCUUGUAAAUACGCGAGUGGGGUGGAUGCGUUUGGGAAGAUUUUGAGGGCGGAUGGGAUCAGAGGGCUGUAUAGAGGGUUUGGGAUCUCGAUCUUGACCUAUGCACCAAGCAAUGCUGUUUGGUGGGCGUCCUACUCCGUGACACAGAGGGUGGUUUGGAGCGGGGUGGGGUGCUUGCUCUGCAGGAAUGGGGAGGAGAAGGUGGAGAAUGGUGGCCUGAGGCCGGAUGCCAAGGCUGUGAUGGCGGUUCAAGGGGUGAGCGCGGCCAUGGCUGGAGGGGUGUCGGCCCUGAUCACAAUGCCGUUGGACACCAUCAAGACGCGGCUGCAGGUCUUGGAGGGGGAGGAGAACGGCAGGAAGGGGCCGAGCUUGGGGCAGACGGUGAGGAACCUGGUGAGGGAGGGUGGCUGGACUGCUUGCUACCGAGGGCUAGGGCCGAGGUGCGCAUCCAUGUCCGUCUCUGCAACCACGAUGAUCACCACCUACGAGUUCUUGAAACGUCUCUCGGCUAAGAAUCAAGAAGCUCUAACAUGAUGAAAGAACUCACACAAACACACACACACGACAGAGAAAGAAUAAGGAUUCGUUGUCCAUCUGUUUUCUUUCUCAUUCUGAUUUUGGUUUUGGUUUUUCAUUCUAACUUUUUUAUUUUUGUAAAUAUAUCCUUUUGUUUAGUCGUCCCCAAAGAUAAGACGACCUUUGUAAGACCUUUCCUUUGUAAGAUAUCACGAACAGUGAAGUUCGGUUCGUUAUCAAUGAAAUUCGAACUCAUAACCUUUUACU